GCUUGUUCACAUAAUAGCCGGCGGCGGGUGAAGGCGUGGCGCGUCGAGCGUGCGCUCUUGCGAGCGCGUACCGGCUGAUGAGCAUGGGCAGCGGCUGAAACGCCGGCUCUCUUUUUCUUUUUUCGGCCGAGGCUGAACGGCACUGAGCGGCAUGCCGGGGAGCCCACACCUCAUCUAUACCUGACGGGGACCGCGAGGAAGCGCAAAGAUGACUGAGGGGAAAGUUUGCCAAGUUCAGCUGCUGGAUGACAGGAAGCUGGAGCUGCUGGUUCAGCCGAAGCUUCUGUCCUACGAGCUCCUCGACCUCGUGUCCUCCCAUUUCAACCUCAAGGAAAAGGAAUUCUUCGGGCUCGCAUUUUUCGACGACAAUGGUCAGUGUAAGUGGCUGCAGAUGGACCGCAGAGUUCUUGAACAUGACUUUUCCAAGAAGCCUGGAGCCAUUCCCCUCAAGUUCCUGGUCAGAUUUUAUGUUGAAAACAUAACUCAGCUAAAGGACAUCAUCACGGUGGAGCUUUUCUACCUGAAUGCUAAAUCGGCUGUGUACAAUGGAAUGAUUGAAGUGGAAACUGAGAAUGUCUUCAAAUUAGCUGCAUAUGCUUUGCAGGAAGCUAAAGGAGACUACACAAGUGAUGAAAACACCCGGGCCGAUUUGAGGAAACUACCAACGCUCCCCACCAAAGUGCUGAAGGAACACCCCUCUCUGGCAUACUGUGAGGAUCAAGUAAUUGAAUGUUAUAAGCAACUGACUGGUGUUUCAAGAGGACAAGCCAUUGUACAGUAUUUGACGUUGGUUGAGUCUCUGCCAACCUAUGGAGUGCAUUAUUAUGAGGUUAAGGAUAAACAAGGAAUCCCUUGGUGGCUUGGAAUCAGCUAUAAGGGCAUCGGCCAGUACGAUCUGCAGGACAAAUUAAAGCCUCGGAAGUUGUACCAGUGGAAGCAGCUAGAAAACCUGUACUUCAGAGAGAAAAAGUUUGCCGUGGAAGUUAAUGAUCCACACAGGAGGGCAGUAACCAAGCGGACAUUUGGACAAACGGGCCUCCUCAUUCACACAUGGUAUGCCAGCCAUUCUUUGAUCAAGACCAUCUGGGUCAUGGCAAUUAGCCAGCAUCAGUUCUACUUGGACAGAAAGCAAAGCAAAGCUAAACUUGGAACAACUAGAAGUUUGGAGGAAAUUGCCAUGGAACUCACAGAGCACGGAGGGGCAAAGAUAAACAGGCUGGGAGAUGUAGGCCUGAAGAAUAACUUCAUAACAGCCAGCAAUGGGAGUCUGGUUUCUACGGGUUCUGCAGACUCUGAAAUGAGUGAAGAACAAAAGAAAGAAAGACUCUCUGAACUUAGAAGAAAGGAAAAGGAGAUCCAAGAUAUUUUGGCCAAGAAAACAGAGGAGCUGAAGAAGAUUUGCCGUCGAGAGGCAGAACUGACUGGAAAGCUGCCAAAAGAAUAUCCUCUCUCCAAAGGUGAAAGACCACCGCAGGUCAGACGACGGGUCGGCACCGCUUUCAAGUUAGAUGAGCUUUUCCCCUACAACGAGGAUCCCUUCCUCAGGAACCUAGAGAGUAGAUUUGCCCUCCAACAAAAGAUCGUGGAGGCGGCAAAGAAGCUCGCAAAUGAAUCCGAGUUGUGCAAAACAGUCAAGAAGAAGAGGAGAAGAAACUGUCGGGAUGCCAUGCAGAAACUCCAGCAGAUAGAAGACGAGAUGAACCAGUACAGAAUCAAGAAGGGGGAAAAGCCCACGCAGCGGGCGUCAGUCAUCAUCGCAGAUGAUCUCGCCCGAUCUGACUUCAGCUCUAUGUCUAGUCUACCACUGGAUGAUGAUGAUUCUGACAGUGGGAGUCAAAGGCCACGCUCACGAUCCGUUCAAGGCUCCCCUCAGCUCAGUCCGUUGCACUCGUUGGCACCAGAAUAUGAUAUAGAGAGCCACAGUUCCCCAGGCAGAAACCGCAAGAACCACGCCAGAUAUGUUUAUGAUGGCCAGGCGACCCCAGGGUACUGCCAAAACCCAAGUGAGGGCUCCUCUACUCACAGUAGUCCAUAUAAAACCCUUCCUAGACCUCCUAGAGACCCGCGCAGCAUGCCUGCAACCCCGGUUAUGACCCGAAACGCCUACAGCAGCAGCCAGCUCAGGUCGGAGGCUUCUUCUCACUGCUUCAGGCAUCGCAGUGGAAGUCUGGAGUCUCAACCCCAGCUAGGAAACGGCACGGACCCAGAGAAGCCCGUCUUCAUCCUGUCAUCACACCGCAGCAACAGCACAGAGUUGUUAGAGGACUGCUCCUCAUACACCAGCCAGUCCAGUCUGGAAUGCUGUGGCGCAGCGAACUCCCACUACAACACAAGUGACUCGCGUACCUCAACCAUGCACCACCUUCGCAAAAAAGUGGAAGUGUAUGGGAAUACCGGAAGCAUGCCCAACUUGGUCCAGCACCAUUCUGGUUACAAUUACUCAUGUGAGACCUCAACGAACUAUGCACCCAGUGCCUACUAUGUUACUGGAUACCCUUGCCCAGACGUGGAGCCCUACGUCAAUGGAUCUUGUGUGUACGAAAGUGAAGUGGAAGGCCGCUACAAUGUCAACCCGAAUUACCAAAUGAAUGGCUGUCACGGACACGACAGAUUCCGCCACUACAGCAGCGACGCGACAGACAGUCUUUCUCAGAAUCCUUAUGCCACGAUGAGGCCGCCGCGGAGUAGAGAGGGCCCCAGAAAUGACCUCUUGGCCAAGAACAUGCAGAAGGCCUUGGUGGCAGAGCACCUAAGAGGCUGGUACCACCGCCACAGAGGACACAGAGAAGGUGGCAGGGGACCCAUGGUUGGAUAUGACUUUGACAACAGCACACAGCUCAGUCUGGGCUACCAAACAAUGCCAGCAGGCUUCAGCCACUCCAGUAGAACCACAUCUUACUCAUCAGUGUCGUCAGCAGAGAGCACAGGAAACUGGCGCAACCAGCUGGCAGUGGGCCUGGCAGAGUUGGACUCACCUGACACACCUCAGUACUCUCGUCGAGCUCCGUACAACCCCAGUCCCACGUACAACAGAUUUUCUCCUGAAAACAAAGGCUCUGACACAUUACCUAAAAAAUCUGAGUUAGUAGAUGUGGUUGGCGCUGAGUCAGCUAGUGUAGAUGAACCGUCAGACAGCCAUUCUGGCACUUAAUGAUAUUAUUAUUACCAGGACAAAAACUACAUGAGCAUCCACUGAGGAGGACCAAACACUGGCACAAACUGCUUUAGGGCCAGGAGCACAUGAAGGGAAUGGAGCUGAAAGAGGCCAUACACACAGUUACGUUUGCAGUCACGGUCGUUGGGGACUCUUUGUCCACGUUUAUUUUUCUGCAGAGAGGUGUACACCGUCUUCAUGUUUGAGUAAGCUCUGGACGCGCUGAUGACACUCUUGAAUGACUCCCCCAUGUGCCUUGGACUGGAUGAAUCGUAGAGGCAGAUGAGAAUGUGUCGAGAUGUUGCACAAGUGCAGUGGACUUUAACCCUACUGUGUGUGAAAUAUGACAAAAAAAUGGCAACAUGUAUUUUAAACCCAAACUAGCUACUGCCUUAUUCAAAACAGUAGACUAUAGACUUAACAAUCGUCAUUUUCAUCUCACAAAAAGGUAGUCUUAAAUAUUUCAUUAGGAUUUACAUCACUUGAUUCAAUCAUGACGGUGCGCUUUAUCAGUGAUGAUUUUCUGUCUUUUUUUGUUUUUUUGAAAACAUGAAAUCAGAAAUGUUAAUAUUGUUUAUAGAAUCAUUGUUUUUGUGCAGUACUGUGUUUUAAAAUGCAUGGGGAACCUUUUGUAAAAUACAAAACAAUUGAAACACUUUAUUUUAUUUAAAAAAAACAAGAAAAAAAGUUACUGCCAUUCAAACUUUGUUCAUGUGCAUUUUUUUUUAAUUCCAUUUCAUUUGUGCGGUUGAUGUGUAGGUAUAUGUUGUAGAUCCUGUGAUAAAAUAUUUUCCAUUUGAAGAGAACAGGUGAAUAAAAUACACGUGUGACUCAGA